CGCCGCACGGUCGAAGAGGAUGACCAAGAAGUACCUUGGCGUGGAGGCGGCGGCCGAGGAGUGGUGCGAGAGCCAGGAGGAACUCGGGCUCGUCACCUGCGACGACGCCCGUCAGGUUCUGGAUCCUGCUGGUGUUUUCGCUCAUGUCGUGGCUGCACGUGGUGCUAUGGAACACGUGGGGUCCCAUCAGCGAGAGCGUGGGGGCGGCCUUCCCUGGCUGGGGCUCGUCCACCGUGGCCAUGACCGCCAACUGGGGCAUGAUCAUGUUCGUCGUCUUCGUGGGCCCCAUGUGCUGGGCUACGCAGCGCUGUGGUCUGCGCAGCGGGGUGGUCAGCAGCGCCGUGCUCAUGGCUAUCGGGACUACGCUUCGAUGCCUCACCAGGUCCAUGCCUUGGUUUACUAUCCUGGCGCAGCUGUGUGCCAUCCUGCUGGGCAUCGCGAGCACGCUGAUCCUGGCCGCGCCGCCCCUCAUCGCCGCCGACUGGUUCCCACCGGGGGAGCGCACCACCGCCGUCGCGGUGAUGAUGGGCUGCAGCCAGCUGGGCUCCGUCGGCAGUUACCUGGAGCCGUUCAUCGUGCGGGUCCCGGGGCCAGGAGUUACCAUUGAAGACCUCCGGAAUGAUAUCAUGAGACUUCUUUACAUACACGCGGGCUUCUCGGGCGUGUUGCUGCUGGCCGUGGUUGUUUACUUCCCGUCCAAGCCCAAGAUUCCCCCGUCGGUGACUUCGUCUUGCGAGAGACUCAACUUCAUCCCCGGCGUUCUGGCUUGCGUUAGGAAUAAAAGUCUACUUUUGAUCUUGGCCUCGUAUGCUGUGUCCGUGGGCCCGGCGCUGGCCUGGGUCUCGGUCCUCAACUACUCCCUGCUGCCGUUGGGCAUUCACCAGAACGAGGCCAUGUGGGUGGGCGUAGGCGGCCGUCGUGACCUCCAGCGUGAGCCCCGUCUUCGCCGGCCGCUUCAACGACCGCUUCCCCCGCCAGGUGAGGACGACCCUCAUCUGCCUCAUGUUGCUCGCGGCGUUAUCCUUCUACUGGUUCCUCCUCCUGUCCUAUGGCGUCCUGCCCGUCACCAAAUGGCAAGUGUACGUAUCCGUGUCUGGCGGGAUGGCUUCCGGGAUGGCGUCAAUCCCGCUGUACUACGAGCUAGGUGUGGAUCUCUCGUACCCUGUGCCCGAGAUCCUGGUGUCUGGUCUGAUCACGGCGUCGGAUAAUAUUUCCAGUUCACUCUUCCUUCUGAUUUUCUUGAUUCCCAAUAUCGGUUACGAGUGGAUAACAUACACGCUUGUGCUCUCGUGUUCGCUACCUGUCCUCCUGAUGCUGAUAGUCAAGGUCGAAUACAACAGAUCGGAUAUUGACCGUUCAGAGUGAAAAACGUGUACAGAAACGGAUUAAAAUGGUCGCUUCCGUGUAGAUGACUUUUCUCAUUUUUAUCUUUCGUUAUAUUUUUUCGUAUCUUUUUUCUUUUCUUUUUUGCAAUUCAUCUCUCGCGGUCCAGUAGGUAUGUACAUUUCUGGAGGAGGCGAAUAUAUGUUUAAAGACUUGACGUCCUCCUGUAUCGUCCUUUUCCUUAGUUUCCCCUAUGCAUUUCACGAGUAACACGAGACUAACUUUCUAACUAACUGUGUUUCUGUGAUGAAUAGUGACGACUUCUGCAAGUACUUUGCUUAGGCGGUACAUUCAUCCUCGUGUUUCUGCGCUACAUGAAAGAAUUUUAAGAAAUCAUAAUUUAAAAAGUUAUACAUGUGUUGAUAUGAUGUUCUUAGCUGUUUGUAAAGGCACUAAUUUCUAUAGUGUAUAACUGUAUAUAAUUUGGACAUCUAAGAAGGCGUUUACGUUGUCCAGAGAUGAUAAAAAAUUCAUUGUAAAUAAAAAUUAAAAUCA